AUGCAGGAUUUACCAUUUGCUAAGAGAGAACCUCGCAUCCGUGCACAAACAGCCGUCACUGGAGUGAGAGGACCCUUCGAUCCUGCUAUUGAGCAAAGUGUACCACAAAAUCAACAAAUGAUUUCAACAAGAAGGUUUCAAUACGGUAUAAAAAGAACUCCUGGACUAAAAUGUGAUUCGCCUCGCUUUUUAGACAGCAGAGUGGAUCAACUUGCCCGAAACAGAGAGAACAUAUUCUUCGAUUCAACACAUCCUAAAUUCGAUAAUCCACGGUUACCUCAAACUCCAACUGCAACUACAAGACACAUGCAUACUCCAUAUACAUAUAAUACUUCUUGGAUUGAUCAUCCUUCUGAUAACCCAGCAAUGCUUCCAAGAAAAACAGAUUUACUCAAAUCAACAUUUUUGGAUACAUCUAUCGCAAACGAAGAUAAAAAUGAGCGUCGCCAAAAGUUAGAAACAACACUCAAAUGGAAGAAUACGCGUGAAGAACAAUUAGAAAAUUAUAAGAAGUCUUGCGAUGAUAUGGUAAACAAAAGAUACACAAAUUCUCUCGAAAGAAUACGUCAAGAGAGAGAAGAUUACGGAGUUGCUCUCGAAGCUCGUAGAAAGCGCGAACAUAUUCAUUAUUUCGAAUAA